CCACUCUCGGCGUCUUCCGACCGUGGCGAUGUUUGCUUCGUCGUCCCAAUCCCGAAAGAAGCAGCCGAAGAAGGAAGAGAAAGAAUGGCUCGCCGUGAGUUUCCGGCCCGAGAAUUUCGUUCCGGGACUCAUUAUCGGUUUCAUUUUGGGAUGGUUCAUUGAUUUAUCCAAGCCCCCCAAGAGCAAUACGAGGAAGAAACUUUUUGCCAGGAAACAGCAAGAGCAGUGUCUGGUCUCGAGCGGAGGUGACCAGGACCUCAAAAUGGUUCUAGUGGUGAGGCAGGACCUUAAGAUGGGACAAGGGAAGAUUGCUUCUCAAUGUGCUCAUGCUGCCACGGGGAUGUACGGAGAGCUGAUGCAGAGUGACCGUUUUUUACUGAGAAAGUGGGAACAAUGUGGACAACCAAAAAUUGUUUGUACGUGCAAAAAUCAACAAGAAAUGAAUAAGCUAAGGGAAGCAGCUGAGGGCAUGGGUCUUCCAACUUUUGUUGUUGCCGAUGCUGGGCGAACACAGGUUGCAGCUGGUUCGAGGACUGUUCUUGCUAUCGGACCUGGACCGAAAGAAUUAGUGGACUCAGUAACAGGAAAGUUGCGCCUCCUAUAACAUCAGACUGAUCAUCUUCUGCUCCACAAAUGGUUUCACACCCGAAGAGUUUGCUUCCCAAGAUUUACAUAAAUUCUAUUUAGUGGCGUGACAGCAAGGUUCACUGACCUUGUUUCAGCAUAGCAAUUGUUUGUUACCUGAGCUAUAUAUCAUUAGUAGUGCAGUUGGGAUGAAAGGAACAAUAACCAUUCUCUUAUUUUGUCAAUUUAUUGUAUCGUUUCUAGUCUUUAGUACCAAGGUCAGUUGUCUUGAUUUGCUUCAUAGCUGUUGUCUGUAACAUUUAGAUUGGAGGCAAUCUGCACUGAAGAAAUGUAAAAGUGAUGGAAUUCACUCUCCAUCUGUUAGAUUCUCUAUGCUGCUUUAACAUGUGAACCAAUGAGCUUGGCUGAUGGCUCUUUUGCUUCUUGUGGCUAAAUUUGCUUUUGACCCAAGAUGAGGCAUUUCACUGCAAAGUGCAAUAUUUGAAAUGAA